AUGUCGAGUCGACCUUCCGACACGCCUCGAGCCAGCAAAUCCGGCAUACAAACUACUGCGGAUGGCGCUUCAUACAUUCCGGCUUCGAAACGGGCGGAUGGCUCUACCAGGAAAGAAAUCCGAGUUAGGCCAGGCUAUAGGCCCCCGGAAGACGUCGAAACCUACAAAAAUAGGAGCGCCCAGGCAUGGAAGAACAGAGGUCAAGGGGCUGUCCCCGGCGCAGAAUCGAUCGCCGUAGCUAAAGAGGAUAGUGUCGCCCUGAGCAAGAAUGCGAAACGCAGGGGAGCACGGAGGAGGGCCGCAGCACAAGGGUCAGCAGAUGACCCAGAAGGCCCAGAAGGUCCAGAAGAUCCAGAAGACCAGCUCACAUCAGCGAUGCAAAAGACUGAAAUCUCAGAGAGAGACAAGCGGAAGGAGAACCGGCAAGAUCCCUCGGAACUGGUAACAAACGAGGCGCUGGCCGCCGAUAUCGAGAUGGAACAACAAAAGAAGAUUCGCAAUCAGUUGAAGAAGUUACGUGCAAUCCGUGAACUGAGGGACAAGCGGGCGGCUGGCGAGAAGCUGUCGCCGGACCAGAUCAUGAAGAUCGGAAAAGAAGGCGAACUGCUGCGGGAUCUGAAGAAGCUGGGCUAUGACGGCCCGGAGCUGCAGACAGACACUUCCGAGCCUGGAGACGGAUAA